GUGCAGCUCUUCGAGCAACACCCACGCUGCACAACUCAGCAGCCAUGAAAGCCUUCAUUGCCAUUGCUCUGCUAUCCGCUGCUUCGGUGGCCUAUGCCGGUUCGAAGACAGAUAAUUUUGGCGCUACAGGUCUUCCGGGCGGUGUGGGCGGCCUUGGCAGUGCCGUCGGGUCGCUUGGGCCAAGCAAUGGCGCCUCAGGGUUACCGUCUCUUCCCUCACUAAGUUCAUCUGGAGCAGGGUCUUCGGGAUCUGUGGCUAGCUUCCCUGGAUUUCUUGGACCUACCGCCGGAUCUGUAGGACGACCGUCUCUUCCCUCACUAGGUUCAUCUGGAGCAGGGUCUUCGGGAUCUGUGGCUAGCUUCCCUGUAUCUUUUGGACCUAGCUCCGGAUCUGUAGGACGACCUAGCUCAUCAGGCCCCGCUGCCCGUUUCCCGAGUGGAGGCUCUUAUGGUCCGUCAGGCUUUGGACCUUACGCUUACGGACCCAGUUUUGUCCCUGGUUAUUACGGAAAUGGCGGCUUCGACGGUUUCUACGGCAGCGGCUUUGGCGAUGCAGGUUAUUACGGCGGCAGUUUCGGUCCAUUCGGCGGCUACGGCCCUAGCUUUGCCCCCGGCUAUGGUUCCAGCUUUGGCCCUUCUGGCUAUGGCCCCGUUUACGGUUUUGGCCCCGGCUCUAGUUUCGGCUCUGGUUUCGGCCCCGGUUCUAGCUCUGGUUCCGACUUUGGCUCCGGCUUUGGCUCCGGCUUCGGGCCUAGCUUUGGUGGUAAGGGAGGCAACUUCGGCAACGGCUACGGAUUUUACGGCCCCGGGGUCAGUUAUGGUUCCCCAUUCGGUGGCCAGUCAAGCUUUGGAUUUGGCUCUGGCAGCUCUGGCGGCAGCCUUGCAUCCUCCCAACUUCCCGUACGAGGACUUUCAAGUUCUGGCGCACGAAGCUCCAGCUCCUCCUCUGCUUCCGCUCGCCAAUAAUUAAUGGACGCCACAAAACCUAUACAUGCUAUAAAAACCAGAGUCCUUGGUGGCGCUUUCCUGGUGACGUAAAAAAACAAGGAAGGCUACGAACACUACCAGUGGACAUUUCACCGCAAUGCCAUUUGGAUAACACAACAAUAAACAUUAUAUUUAAAUUUGC